AUGAUCUCACCUGAAAAUAAGGAUUCUUCAGACACAAAUGCAGACAAUUCAAGUCAUUUCCAAGCACAGAUUCUAGACUCAAUUUUAAAUGGAGAUAUUUCUGACACCGGAGAGGAUCUAACAACUGAAACUAUCUCUAAAGGAAAAUUAAAACAUGAAAUGCGAAUGUUGCAAACACGCUUUCUCAAUGAUUCAACAGCAUUGCAAAAUACCAAAAGUCUCUCAAAAGCAAGGGAGGAUGAGCUCCUGGAACAAAUUAAAACAUUGUCGAUCAGACUAAAUCUGGCCACAGCUCGUUAUGAUACACUUGUAGAAGCUACAACUGAAUCUAGUGAAUUAAAAGCUGAUCUAGCUGAAACAAUAGCAUGUAAACGACGUCUGUUAAAUGAAAAUGAAGAAUUACAUAGUCAACUGAAUUCAAUACGUGAAAUUCUACUUUCAAAACUACCUAACAAGUUGGAAAACAUUGAUAUGAAUCAAUUAAAUAUCAGUAAUUAUUCCUUGUUAACUUCAAAAGAAUUCAAUGUAUUAAACAAUAAAGCUAUGAACAAUUUGUCAACUUUAGAAUUGGUGAAAGUAUGGCUACAUAGAUUUUUUAGUUUUAUCUCUGAAAAUUUUAAUCAUAAUAAUAUUAAUAAUAAAAAUUCUAACAUUGAAACUAAUCGUAAACAUGUACAAUUUGUUGAUACAACAUUAUUAUUAUCACCUAACUCAUCAUUAUCAACUGUACAAUUGAUGAAAUGUAAUCAACCUGUAAAACAAUCUAAUCAAUCUCAAUCUAAUAUUACAAAUAAUUAUAAUUUGGAUAAGAAUGAUGAUGAUCAUAUUGAGAAAAUCAACACUAAACUGAAUAGAAACAUUAUUGAUGGUGAUAAACUUAAUAUUAGUGAUAAUGACGAUUCUGUUGAAUUACAAGUUCUCCGAAAACAAAUUCAUUUAAUGAAAAUAGAUAAAGAAUAUUUUUUAAAACAGCUAUCAAAUCUUCGUAUUCAAUUAUCAACAUCUGAAGAAAAAAUUGCUUCACAACAAAAAUUAAUUAUUGAAUUAGAAAAUAAUUUAAAUCAAAUGAAUAAAAAUGCUUGUUUCUCUUGUCAAACUCAAUUACCAAUGGAUUUGAAUGCAACUAUUAGAAACCAAACUGGUGAAUUAAGCAAAUUAAUUCAAAGUGAAUUUGAACGAUUAAAGUCUAUUGAUCAAGAAAUACACAACAAAGAACUUACCUUUCUUCGAGAACAAAAAGAAAACGUCAUAUCUGAAUGUACAAAUUUAAAAUCACAAUUAAAAGAAACAGAAUGUUUGUUAAAUCAAUACAAAGAAAAGAUUGAUGAAAUGAAAAGUUCUAAUAAGUACUUGAACAAUGAACAUGAUAAUCAAUUACGUGAACAAAUCAAAACAGCAAUAAUUAAUUUAGAAGUUGAACAAACUGCUAGAAAAGAUGCAUCUUUAGAAGUUGAAAAACUUAAUGCUCAAUUAGAUGUUAGUAAAAAACUAUACUAUGAAUUAGAAUCCCGUUUCAAUCAAGAGAAAACUAUCUGGAAAAUAAAAGAGGAAGAUUAUGAAAAGAGAUUGCAUUUAUUUGAAAUAAAUGAGAAAGAGAUGAAUGAAUUAUUGUUAAACAUACACUGUGACAGUACUAAAUUAACUAACAUCUCAGCAUUUUCUCAUGAUUUGUGUUCCAAGUCAAAGAUAAAUUCUGUUUAUUUACUCAAAACUAUACAAGAAUUGAAAUCGGAAGUUAGCAGCCUGCAAAAUGAACUUGUCAAAAAGUGUCAAGAAAUUGAGGAAUUAAAAAAAAGUAUGAAUUGGAAAUCUAUAACUAAUCAACCAACUAAUUGUUUAUAUCAGACAAUAUCACAAAAAGAUAAUCAAAUUCAUGCAUUAUAUAAUCAGUUAGCAGAUAUUGAAAAAAGAUCAUUAUUGUACAAAGAAGAAAGAGAUAAGUUAGCAUCUGAACGUAAUUUACUUUGUGAAGAUUUAGAACGUCUUUUAACAAGGAGACAGAGUUUAACUAAAUUACGUGAAUUCAUUAUUUCUUUAUUACAACAAAUACAAUCUAAUUCAAAUGCUCAUUUCAAUAAAUUAUGUCAAUGCCAAAAUAAUAAUUUUAAUUUUAAUGAUAAUAAAAUUGAUAAUUCAUUAUUAAACAAAUUCAUUCAUUCGAAUAAUAAUAAUACUAAUAAUAAUUUAAUCAAUAAUAAUCGAAUUUCUAAUAUUCAUCAACAAGUUUAUGAUAUUAUACGUUCUCCAUAAAACUUAAAAAUCGAUUUUAUUUUUGUUUGGUUGUUUUGUUAUUGAUUUUUUUGUUUGGUUGUUUUGUUAUUGAUUUUUUUGUUUGGUUGUUUUUUUUGUUCUCAUUCAAUACAAACUUCUUAUUAGAAAUGUUGAAAACAAAAAAAAAUACAUCCAAUGUGUAUAAAAAUCAUUAUUUGUACAAAAUAUUUAUUAUUUAAACAAUAUUUUCACUUUUAAUAUUUUAAUUGGAAUUUGUUUACUUUCGUUUUUUUUUAAAAAGAUAUCGAUUAUAUUUAUCAAUGAUCAUGAAUGAUUUAAAAUUUCAGUUUCAUUGUAUUAAAUUAAUUUAUAUUUUAAUAGUUGAGAUCAUAAGUCAAUAAAAGCUAGACCACUAUGGAAAACUUGGAAGCAUUGGAUGGCCGUUUUUUUCGCGAGGUGAGAUCGUGAAUGCGCACUGCUGAGUAAGAGUCCCACAAUAAGACGAAAUGGUCAUUCAGUUCUUUCAGGUUUUCCAUGGUCAUCUAGCUUCGAUUGAAUCAUGAUCUGAACUAUUAAAAUUACUAUAAUAUUCACAUUAACCUCUUCUGAUUGUAAUUUAUAUUCAGGGAUUUUUAAACUAAUAUUAAUUAAUAUUUAUCUCUUGGUAAUUAAUUUAUUAUAAUUUUUAUUUAAUUUUUUUCUGAUAGAAAUUAUUUCACAACAUGCUUUGAAUAUUGAACUUUCGCAAAUUGUUUUAUCAGAUGAUUUGCUUUUUUUUAAAAAAAAACUAUGUCUAUAAUUAAUUUACUAUUAUAGGUUUCUGUGAUUGUUUUCCACAUUGUAUAUGUACAUAAUGAUCUAAAGCUAUAAGCAUUGAUUUAAGUUUAAGCAUAAUAAAUCAU